ACGGCGGGUAGUUGAAGCCGACAGAGAAAAAAACACAACACGGGUUCAUUGUUAAAAAAUACACCCAAAAGUGUUAAAAAUGACCAGCACGUUGAAAGGAAUCACUCUGAAGGGAAGCGCAGAGCUUGUGGCCGAGUUUUUCUCGUUUGGCAUCAACAGCAUCCUGUACCAGCGGGGCAUCUAUCCUCCAGAAACCUUCAGCAGAGUCACCCACUAUGACAUGAGCCUCCAACUCACCACCGAUGCCAAGCUGAAGACCUACCUGACCAAAGUGGUGUCUCAACUCAAAGAGUGGCUGUUUGAGUGCACGGUGCAGAAGCUGGUGUUGGUGAUCACAUGUCUGGAGACCAACGAGGUGCUGGAGAGAUGGCAGUUUGACAUCGAGUGUGACAAGUCGGCCAAGGAGAGCAGCGCUCCCAGAGAGAAAUCCAUUAAGACCAUCCAGGACGAGAUCCGCUCCGUCAUCAGACAGAUCACAGCCACGGUGACCUUCCUGCCGCUGCUGGAGACACCAUGUGCCUUUGACCUCCUCGUCUACACGGACAAAGACCUGGAGAUUCCAGACAAGUGGGAGGAGUCUGGGCCGCAGAUCAUCGACCAAUCGGAGGAGGUGCGUCUGCGCUCCUUCACCACCUCCAUCCACAAGGUGAACAGCAUGGUGGCGUACAAGAGGACCGACUCGGUUUAAACCUCCAAACCCUAUGAGCUGUACAUAGCACCGGCCACCGACCCUGUAGAAACCAGUAGAUUUUACUGCCCUCUCCUACCUCACUGCCUUCCCCUCUCUGUCCACACUGAUGUAAAUAUUUCUCAUAUCCAGCAUUUAUCUAUUCUUUUCUUUAUUGCUCCACUUUCUCUCAAGUUGUCAACCUUCUGUUUUAGAAGAUAGUGGUUUAUAUGUUGAACUUUUUAAAAGAAAAAGUUGUUAAUAAAUAUCUUUUUGCUUUUUUCCCUUAA